CUUGAGAGCGUUUGCCUUGUAGAUAACACAUUUUGAUCGGAUAAAUUACAAAUAAUUGCUCACAAACGCGAACAUGGUGAAGGUUCCCAUUUUGCAAAUUAUGUGAUCUAUCAGCAUAUACAGUCAUCAAUGAAAAAGCUGGACAGCUGGACGACAGUAUGACAUGAGUUCUGACUGUAUCCAAUGAUUGCGAACAUUCUAAAUGGAUAAUGCAUUGAUAACCAAGACAAGACUAAUGAGUUCCAAUGAUGGUAUUGAUAAUUACCUUUGGGAAGAACUAGAAACGCUACGGGAAGACAAAACAAAAGAGUCUAGAGCGCGAUACUACCUUGGACGAGUACCAGAAACACCAAAACUUGUAUUAUCUGUUAUCGGAGAUUCUAGUAGCUUUGUUCCUAAACCAUGGUUUACAUCAGUUUUCAAAGCAGGACUCAUCGAGACUGCAAAGGGGGCAAAAGAUUGUUUGAUUUUAUACAAAGGUUCUACCGAAAAGAUUAGCACUAUCGUUCGGGGAGCAGUGGAUAAUUUUGAAAAGCUAUCAACAGAUGAUGAUGACAAUUUUAUUAGUUUAGUAGGGCUUCAGCCGAAGAUUGAUGUUAACAUGGUUAAUGUUAAUGAUGAUCAUUAUGAGCUUGCUCAUCAGGAUAACCACCAAUAUGGGAGAGAGCAUUGGAAAAUGAGCAAUCGUGUUUUGGAAGAAAUGUUCAACAUUCGGAUGAAAAAGGACAUUUAUCCCGAAGCUCAUGCGUCUAUUCUGAACGCCAUCAGCAAAAAUAAAACAUCAUUCAUGAAACUGCAGGAAAAUUUCUUGACCUGUUUGGUGCCCGUCCUGACUAUAGUGGCAGAAGGAGACAUUGAUACUAUUGAGUUUGUACUUCAUGUUCUCAAACAGAACCUUCCCGUUCUUAUCCUAAAAGGAUCUGGCAAAGCUGCAGAUUAUAUUGCUGGUUUCAUUUGCGAUGGUAAUUCUGAGUCAUCUGAUGAGUAUGUAAAAGACAAGACAUCGUUGACGUUUGGUGUUAUUUCCGAUGCAUCACAACAAAAUGGUCUUUCUGAAAAGCUGAACGAAAUAAAACAAUCUAAAUGUCUCGUUACUUUGAUAGAUAUAACUACACAAACAAAGCCAACCGAGUUUUCAGAAGCUGUGACAAAAGCAAUCAUUCGUGGAUGGUCUCAGAAACCAGACAGGAAUUAUAACAAUGGGUCAAAUGUUCAAAUAGGAGAGAAACCCCCACCCCCACCAGACCUUGACACACUUUAUACUGGUACAAGUUCAGAAGAGUGUCCAAGAGAGAUAUUGCCAACUACUAACAAAGUUCAUCCAAUGACAAUUACAAUGAGUGCUGUUUGUGAAUUUUACUACGAUUUUCAUAAGAAAAUAGGAGCAUUUAUGGAGAGCUACAAGGAAACGUUGACUCCUGCCUCAUUAUCAUUGUAUUAUUACAUUGCUUAUCAGUUUAUACAAGAAAUGGAUGACACAAACAAUGGGACAGAAAAUAUUAAAAUACAGAAUUUCAAUAUUCUUUUGAAAGAAGCUAUUGUGGCUGACAGAGAUGAAUAUGUUUCGGUAUUACUGGAGGAAAAUAGUGUUAAAUUUGAGGAACAUCAUUUCCCAGAUAUAUACGAGGAAACAGUCUUAGUAGCAAACAAGCAAGAUACAGAUUUUCAGCAUAUUUUAAAGUGGGGAUCAUCAUCAGCAGUAGAAUCUUUGAAAAGUGCCUGUCAUAUGAAAAAAAUUCGAGAUUUACUAGCAAACACGCAAGAAUGGUUACAAAGACACCCUUUAAAACAAGCCAAAGAUAUUUUUCAUGAUGCAGCAGUUGAAUUCAACACGUUUAAAGACAACUUCGACGAGAAGACAAAAGACAAACCUUUAGAUCAAUUGGAAAGUGACUUCUCCGAAAAUGAACAAACAAAACUCAAGGAAAGUACGACACGUGCAGCAACUUGUGUUUCAAAGAUCAUUGGCACACUUAUGGAACUGGAAUAUGCAAAAGAAGCCUUAGAAUGGUUAAAAGAUUUCGAUAAAAAUGAUUUUACACGAUCAUUGACUGAAGAGUCAGGUGUCAUUCCUAAUCUGCUUGAUGAUUUAAGGAAACAUGCCACAUCACUUAACAGAGCAAUACAUUUGUUAAAAGAGUUAGCGGAUGACCAACACACUACUUUAAAAACAUUUCAGGCUAUACAAGAUUCGUACAGAAAGAUUUCAAAGUUACUCGAAGAAGGUGGUACAAUGUUUUCUUCUGCAGAACAGAUUGUUAGUCAAUUAACAGAUAAUGGAGUACACGUGGAUGGCGAUCCAAAAUAUACCGAUAUAUUCAAUAAGUCUAUAGAUGAAAUCAAUUCUUAUAGUAGCCAAAAGUGUAUAAAGGCAUGUCGAAAAAUUUGCCAAUCAUUGUUGGGUUAUUCAAAAAAUUGUCGAGAUCAAGAAGGUUCUUGUUGUAUUCAACAAAAGAGUAAUGGUGGUACUCAUCAUGAAGAGACAAGUUGCGAAGAGGAUCAACAAGCGGGAAGUAGUGACACAAAAGAUUAUAACGAGACACAUUCGGAUUCAUCGUUUCAAGAUCUAUUGAUUUGGGCAAUACUGGCAAACAGACCAAAACUAGCAACUAUAUUUUGGAUGAAAUGCAACAAUCAGCUAUUGUGUGCUCUAUUAGCCAGCUCAGUGUACAAGGAAAUGGCAUAUAAAGUGAAAAGUGCAAGGGAUCAAUCAUUUUAUGAAGAAAUGAUGCAACAGUCUAAAUUGUUUGAAAGUAGAGCUCUUCAUCUCCAACAACGCCUGUACGAAGACGAUGCUAAGCUUGCGAUGGAUUUAGUCAUCACGGAAGGAACUGUUUGGAAUAUUACCAUAAGUCCAUUGGAAUGUGCCCAUGAAAAUAAUAUGCUAGACUUUAUUGCACACACGUCUGCACAAAGACGUAUUAAUAAAAUUUGGUAUAAUGAAAUUGGAGCAAGUCUUGGAGGUGUCUGGAAGAAAGGAUUCUUUACUGGAUGUUACUGUUGUUGUAAACGUGGAUGGAGAUGGAGUUGGACAUGUGGAUGUUGUUGUGAAUGUAUCCCAAAGACAUUUACAUUCAUGUUACCACAGUUUUUAAUCAGUCCUUUAGCAAAGUUUUUAGUGCAUUAUGCAUUCUUUCUAGCUGCUUUGAUAUGCUACAGCGCUUUUCUUCUGACAGAACUCGACUUCUUUGAGGGAGUUGGUUCUGUGAAGAUUUAUGAAUGGAUCGUUUAUAUUUAUAUUUUUGGUGAUAUUUGCGAGGAAUACCGCCACUUGAUGCCAUGUCUGAAUGAAGACAGUAUUGUGACUGAUAUAAGUCAGCAUAUUUCAGAAGACGUCCCGGUAUCAUUACGUCAUUCCUGCUGGUACAAGUUCAAGAAGUACUUGUUCAAUUUCUGGAAUUUUCUCGAUGUUUUAUCGUAUUCUAUAACAAUCACUGCAAUAUGUAUUCGAUUUUUCAAGUCGACAACUUCAAACAAUCUUGCUAGACGUUUUUACAGCCUAAGCCUGUUUACAAUGUACAUGAGAUUUUUGCAUGUCAUAUUGAUGUCAAGGAAACUGGGACCAAAAGUUAUCAUGAUCAAGGAAAUGUUAAAAGAUCUUUUUCGAUUCAUUGGAAUUUUAUUUGUAUUUAUGCUCGGUGUUGGGGUACUGUAUCAUGCGAACAUGUAUCCGAAACAUGUUGAUAUGUGGAACCCAGCAGGAUGGGAAUACUGGAGAAUAUGGAAAAUUAUUUAUAUUCCCUACUGGCAAAUCUAUGGCGAUUCCUUCUUGGAUACAUUCAGUGAAAACAGUACAGCGCCAUGCACAUCAAUACAAAGUGAAUGGGAAAACAACCCAGACAUAGAAAGAUGUAAUCAGUAUGAUUGGGUCCUUUUAGUGAUUGCUUCGUUGUAUAUGCUGAUAUCAAACCUUCUUCUCGUCAAUCUUGUGAUAGCUUUGUUUAGCUAUCGAUUUGAACGGGUCCAGGAAAACUCAGAGAAAUUAUGGCGAUACUUGAGAUACGAAGUCAUUAUGGAUUAUAACUCAAGAAUACCUGCUCCUCUGAAUAUCAUUAUCAGGCCACUAGACAUACUGUGCAGAUGCUGUAAGGGUGACUAUAAAAGGAAACAACACAAACCAGAUAGAAGAUUGGUGGAUCGAAUAAAUACACUUCAAUCUGUAAACGCAAUUAAUUGCGUGUAUAAUAUAUGAAAUGGAAACAAAUGACUGAAAAAGAGAUAUUAUCAUUGGUAUACUAAUAAUGAGUAUCGGAAAAUCUUUAUAUAGUUGUUUUAUGCAUGUUAUCUAUUAGCACCAAGACAGUAUAGGUAGUUUCAAUGUCAAGUAAAACCAUUCACACACACCAGAUACUUUUUCUACGUUUUUUCUCAUUCUUUGUACAUACCAUAUUCGAUUGCAGAUGAUACACAAUGAUCACGGUAGAACUUUUGAUGACUUAU